AUGGUCAGCGUUAUCCGCAAUAGCUGGAUUCGUAACAUAGCACUUUUUCUUAUACUACUGUGCGUUUUGCUUGUUGAUAUCCUUGUAAGAAGUAACAUACAAAAUGGAGCGCACAAUGUGCAAACAUCGUUCUCUUAUGUACCACAAGAAGAAUGUCGCUACGUAUACUUGGACCUUGGAUCUAACAAAGGCGUACAAAUUCGAAAACUGUUUGAACCAGCGCUAUACCCAGGAGCUAAGGUCCUCCCGUAUUUCGACAAAAUAUUUGGAAACGUCGAACAAAGACGAAAAUAUGCGUGUGCUUUUGGAUUUGAGGCAAAUCCACGGCAUUUUACAAGGUUGAAGUACAUUGAAGAUGCCUACAAACGAAAAGGGCUUCGUGUUACCUUCUACAACAAUGCAGUUUCCAAUGAACAGAAUAGGAACGUGACAAUUUAUUCGGAGACUAAUUUUGACUUAGACUGGGGUGCAGGGAUCCUUGAUGUCGCGAUUAAAGAUAAAGAAUCCAUGACUAGAUACGAAAUACCAACAGUUGAUAUUGUGCAAUUCAUCAAUAAGGAAAUUAAACCACUAAAUCCCAAAGCAGUUUUUGUUAAAAUGGAUAUUGAAGGGUCAGAGUACACAGUAUUACCUCACAUGGUCAAAAACAAAGUUUUGUGCAAAAACGUUCUGACAUCGAUGGUUGUUGAAAUGCAUAAAUGGGCAAAAGAGCAAAUGAAAUCAGAAUUGGACUUAAAGACAUUGAGACAGACGAUGAAGCAACAAAUCUGUGCGCCUACAGAAAUUGUGCCAGUUGAUGACGAAACAUACAAAGAUGACGUAGACGUCGAUCCUGGAGCUUAA